AUUGUAACUGUGUCAGAUCACUUGAAACGCUUAAAACCGGCGUUUGAAUUGCUACAGCAUGAAGAUGUGUCCGUAAGGAUACCUGUCUUUUGGAGACAAGACACCCAUUUCUAAGGCUCACACUUUUCUUUUUAUUGAAAGAUCCGGAGACAUAUAGAAGGGGGGUGUUUCAGGCUUCGGCGAUGGAGCUGGAUACAGUGAACAUGUUCAUCAUUGCUGGGGGAACACUUGCCAUUCCUAUCCUGGCCUUCAUUGCAUCUUUUCUGCUAUGGCCCUCGGCUCUCAUUAAGGUCUACUACUGGUACUGGAGGCGAGCCUUGGGGAUGCAGGUGCGCUACGCUGACUGCAAGGCCUACCGCUUCUGCUACUCGGUGAGGGGCAAGCCGGGGACGCGGCCCUCGGUGCUCAUGCUGCAUGGUUUCUCUGCCCAUAAAGACCUGUGGCUGUCCAUGAUGAAGUUCCUCCCCAAACAUCUUCACCUGGUGUGUGUGGACCUGCCUGGCCAUGGAGGGACCACUCUGACCAACACGAAGGACUACUCCAUUGAGGGCCAAGUCCGGAGGGUACACCAGUUUGUAGAGACCCUCCGACUCAACAAGAAGCCAUUCCAUGUGGUGGGUACGUCCAUGGGUGGACAUGUGGCUGGAGUGUAUGCUGCCUGCUACCCUUCAGACAUCUGCGGGCUCACAUUGAUCUGUCCUGCAGGCCUGAAAUACCCCAACGAGAGCCAGUUCAUCCAGCGCCUGCGGUACCUGGAGCAGACCAAGAACUUCCACAGCAUUCCGCUCAUUCCAUCCACACCCGCGGAGAUGGAGGAGAUGCUCAAACUCUGCUCCUACGUUCGCUUCAAAAUCCCACAGCAGAUCCUUCAAGGAAUGGUUGACGUACGCAUUCCUCACAAUGAUGUCUACCGAGAAGUGUUCUUGGAGAUUGUAGGAGAGAAGUCCAGACAUUGUUUGCAUGAGAAAAUGCAUUUGAUUACAGCCCCAGUUCAAGUCAUUUGGGGAAAGCAAGAUCAGGUGAUAGAUGUCUCUGGGGCUUCAGUGCUGGCAGAAGCCCUGCCUGGGUGCCAGGUGGAUCUCCUGGACAACUGUGGUCACUCCGUCAUCGUGGAGAGGCCUCGCAAGUUGGCCAAGCUCCUAAUAGACUUCAUGAUUAGCCAGCAGAAUGCCAGCAAUUCCAGCUGCAAAAAGCUUUCAUGAAACAGCAGCAGCAAGAAACUUUUCAGAAUAAUUUAAAAAUAAUUUAUAUGUUUAAAUAAUAUAUUAAUUAGAUUUCUGAUUGAAUCAGCUCUCAGGGAGUUUCCCCCACCUGCCUGAUGUCUCAUUAUCUGUGUUUGUUCUAUAGCCACGUAACGUACAGCAUCCGUGUGUCAGUGCAUUAUUUUAAAUGAGACAUAGGAUAUUUACAGUAUGAAGUUACUUUUAUUGCUUUGUUGUUUUACCAUGGUGCUCCUGGUUAAGCCUGAUUGUUUAUUUUGUAUCGUGCCUUUGUUGUUAUUCAUAUUUCUUUAGCUAGCGACUUUCCGUAUAGGGAACACUAGUACGGUAGUAGGAUUUCUGAAUCUGACGAUACGAUUUAAGCAAGCAACCUGCAUCCCGGAGUAGCUAUAAUGGAAAGCUCUUCAGCCAAAGUUCUUUAACUCAAAAACUGGUAAAUGCACACUUCAUCGGAAAUUUAGUCCAUCGGUGGCUAUAGCACAAGCCUAUAUCUGUUUAAUACAUUAUUGUCUCAAGUAGACUCCAGGGUUCAACCUCCUAUGUUCAGAUUAGAUGGACAUACAGCUCUGGAAAAAAUUAAGAGACCACAGCAAACUUUUUAAUUUCACUUAUUUCUCAAUUUAUGGGCAUGCGCCUGUGUAAAAUAUGCAGCUUUUUUUUGUUGCAAAUUGCAGCCUGGCUCUUCCCUGCUUCUCAUUGAUGUAGGGCGUCUUCCUGUGCUAGCAAUAGACUUCACACCACUUAAUGAUUGCCAUUCUAUUUGAGAUCAUCCUCUUAUUUAUGAGGCACUGUCUCCUAAGUUGAUUGCCAUCUCUGGCAUUAGAAUUUGACAUCUUAAUUUUUUCCAGAUCUGUACAUGUUCCCCUACAAACUAGCUCAGCUAAGUCGCCUAUGUGCAAGUAAAUCCCUUAUCUUAAGAUAUACUGCACCUUGGUGUGAAAUUGGUAACUAUUUGUCUACAAUUAAUUGUUCUUAAAGAAUAUUGAAAUCAGGGGUCUGAAUGUUUAAUGACCAGGGUACAGUAGUUAACUUUCAGUUUAGCGGUUUUGGUUUGGAACACUCAGAUUUUUAAUAAAAAAAAAAACAAAAAACAAAAAAACAUAAAAUUGCAAAGGAUGGUUCUGCAUAUUUCAAAACUAUUGAGGAAAUACAGCCGGAUGAUUUUGCUGAAGUUUUUUAACAGACAUUACCGGCAUAUAAAACAUUAAAAUUAAGACAUGUAACGAAGGAAAAAAUGUGAUUCUUUACCUUGUUUAAUCUUACAUACAACAUAGACUAGUUGCUUUGUUAAUUAUUUUAAUUUGUCCAGAGACAGUUUCACAUGCAGGAACAAAGUAUAUGUGAAAAGUAAUGCUGUGAGUAAAUAUGGUAUUUUGCAAUUCAGGACAAGCAAAUAAAAUACAAUUUUAAGGAU